GCGUCAUUGGCGGAUGUGAACUGAUUGUUGUUUCAUAGUAGAAACGUCGAAAUUCGAAAUUUUUGAUCGCAAAGAACGAUCGUCGUUCCAAUUAGAAUAUAGAAAAUUGCUACAAUUUGAUCAAGUAUAUGUAAAAAUAUUUAGAGAGUGGAAUUAUGGCAUGGGGCACUGAAUUAUGGGUCUGUAGAAUAUGUUUGCUUUUGCGUUUGACAAGUGGGUUCAUUUGUGUUAAUUUUGAACGAAAUUUUACGAAAGUUCUGUUCUUUUAUUCAGGAUUGUUCUGAUGUGGUGGCUUAUCAUACCCAACAGUCAAUUGAAUUCAUCGAAAAAGUUUCAAAAUUUACGAAAGAAAGAUCUCGAAUUGAACAAGAUUAUGCAAAGGAACUGAGGUGAAGAAAUGUCCCGUAUUUGAUGUAUUGAUCUCUGACGGAAAUACACAUGCUUCAAAUUGCAAAAUGCUAUGUGAUCUUUUGGUGUUGUAUGAACCUAAAUACAAUACAAUUUGUUGCCAAAGAAUGCUUUAUGUUUAUUGUACAUUUCUUGACCUUAAACCUGUUACAAGUAUGUGGUGUUAUUUUACACCAAAUACAACAUAUUGUAGCAGUGUUUUUUGACUACGAAAAUAACUUAAAUAAAGAGUUUCUUUGUUUCAAAACUAUGUUUAAUUCCGUUGAUUUUACCUCAUUGCUAAUAUUUAAGUUCCAAGUGUUAAUUGUAUCAUAUUUCAGCUCUUGAGCAACGCCAUUUUAAAUUUUACACUCGGUGGAUUAUAUUUCAAUACACGCAUUGAAUGUUUUAUUGACUAGAAUUCUGUCUGAUAAUUUGAAUAUCAUAACAAUUACUAAGUUCUUUUUACUCGUAAUUAGCUUGUUAAAUAGUCACAGUCGGUGUAAAUAAACAGAUGGACACCCUUGGCUUAAAAUUACUGAAUUCAUCCUUGCUAUUAGCUUAUUUUCAUUGCUAGAUAUUAUGGAAUAUACUACAUAAUAUUUGGUUUCCUCUUAUGUAUAUAAGCACUUUCACCUUAAAAGUAAAGACUGUAAAAAUGAUAAUAUAGCUAAUAUUGCAUAGUGUAAGCCUCACAGUUUAAAUAAACAUUUGAUACUGUUUAUUUUUGCCCUGUUUAAAUUUAGCCAUGUGAUUUUCUCAAUUUAAUAAAGUCUACAUUGCAGUAUAUAAUAUUAGGCCAAUAUUGGCACAAACAGAUGUAGAAAAACUUAAAUUGCCAUGGGCGUAAAUGGGUACAAAUUUUUGUGCUACUGUUUGGCAUGGUGAAUCAUUCUGGAACAGACUGUGCUGUGUGCAAUGAAAGCAGAACAAUCUUCUAUGAACUUGUUAAAAUUUACAAACAUACAAUCCACACAAGUAUUUGUGUUAUUUAAUAAUUUGCACUUUACAAUAAAAGCUUUGGAGAAGUGGCAUAUGUCCAUAUGGCUUGAGAUAUAUUGUUUCUUUUACAGAAAGUUGUGCAAGUCUUUUCAUCCUAAGAAGAAAGAAGAAUCAAGGUUUGUAUUCAAAUAUAGGAAGGUUUUCAGUAGGUGGUGACUAUCCAUGGAAAAAUCUUCCCACGCCCAGAAAGUCAUAGCCCCCCACCUUCCCAUCUCACCUCAGGAAAAGUUACCCCAAUAAGACAACACCUUGUCUAAAUGUCAUCAUACCGGUGCGCAGGCUUUUAGCCAGGGUCCUGAAAUAGGGCUUCCAAUUUUGGUACAACAAUACAUCUACAGUAAAGAGGGGGGUUUGAAAAACGUUCCUCUGGAAAACCUUUGAAUUUUAAGUUACUUCAUGUCAGUAUCUGUUCCAGGCUUGUUCGAAAUUUUUCAAAACACUUGGCUUUGUGAGUUUGUGCCGCUAUGCUUCUUAGUUAACUACAACAUUUUCAUUCAGCCAGGUAUACCAUCCAAUUUAUCAAAAUGUCAAAUGUAUAAUACUGAGAAUUGAAGCUAUUUUGUUUCAGUUAUGUUAAUACACUUAGGGAAAUCAUUGAAAAUAAUUUCCCAUUUCUCCCAGAAUUUGGGCGUCCAAAGGCGUCCAUUUUUCGUUCUAUGGGCGUCCCAGGACGCUUGGAUGCCCUUCUGGCUAAAAGCCUGGUGGUGCGUCCUUUUCAUGAUCGAAGCUGCGUUUGUGAUCUACACUUGCAUGCAGAGCACAUGCAGGUCAGCCCUGAUCAUCUCUUCAACAUUUUGAAAUCUUUGCAUUAUUCUGAAUCUGAAUUUAUUAUGUUGGUAAACUCAUUUCAAGAUCACACCAACCUUACAAAUGUAUACUAAUAUAGCAAUAUACUAAACUUACACUAUAUUAUUAUUUUAGUCUGUCGGUGCACAAAGCAUUCCUUGGUAUCUUGAAAGAGACGGAAGACAUCGCUGGACAACAUGAAGUCAUCAGUGAAGAAUUACAAUCCAAAGUUUAUAAAGAAUUACAGAAUCUUCAUAAUGAGGCAAAGCAGGAAAGGAAAAAAGUAAGUGGAAAAUUAUCCAUUGAUUCAACAGGCUUUAAUCAUGCAUGCUUGUGCUUUAAUUUACUCGUUUUUGACCGAGUUUGGCUCUACCCGGUUUUCUUCAGUUUCCUCCAGAAGUAACAUUGAAUGAGAAAUUAAUUUGUCUUGCAUUGUCAGGCAGCGUAAACUGAACGUAGCAUAAUUUAUGCAUUAUACGUAAUACUGGCAGAGGUCUGCAGUCUCGGAGUAUUACUCUCGGAGAGCAAAGCAGAAUAGUUGAAUAAUUGAGCGUGAAAGACUUGCUGGGAAAGCGAGCUGUGUAUUAGUCCUGUCUAACUUGAUUAUUAUCUCAAAGUUUUUAGAUGGUGAAAAGACCUUACUACGAAACCUUCAGCAGUCUAUGAACACAUUGGAUAAUGUAAGUUUUGGUAUUCAGUAAUAUUAAACAACACUAGAUAGUGGAACUUUGGAAAUCUGUGCAAGAAAAUUAAAAAUCUUUGUUCAUAAUAAUUUGCCUCCAAACACAAAACAACAACAUAUAUAAUGGAAAGAAACUCACUAUGUAUGUUAACUGUCAGUUACUAUCACGUCUCAACUAUAUAUAUAUAUAUAUAUAUAUAUAUAUAUAUAUAUAUAUAUAUAUAUAUAUAUAUAUAUAUAUAUAUAUAUAUAUAUAUAUAUAUAUAUAUAUAUAUAUAUAUAUAUAUAUAUAUAUAUAUAUAUAUAUAUAUGUUUUUGUGGCAGCUUGUAGAAUAUGUAAUUUGGUGUGGAUGCGUAUCAAGCCUAUACUCAGAAAAAUUCUGAGCCCUAACGGGAAUUGAACCACGUAACCUUCUGAUUACCGGACAGACGCUCUAACCAUUGAGCUAUAAGGCAUCAGAUGGUGAGCCAAGGUUACGUUAUUUACUAGUUCUGUGUGUUACAUGUGUACUGCUAACUGCAAGUCUCGACAUCUCAACACGUAACCUUGGCUCACCAUCUGAUGCCUUAUAGCUCAAUGGUUAGAGCGUCUGUCCGGUAAUCAGGUUACGUGGUUCAAUUCCCGUUAGGGCUCAGAAUUUUUCUGAGUAUAGGCUUGAUACGCAUCCACACCAAAUCACAUAUUCUACAAGCUGCCACAAAAACACACAUAUACAGAAAUGCAGUUCUUAAUAAUAACAUGAACAAGACAUGUCGAGACUUGCAGUUAGCAGUACACAUGUAACACACAGAACUAGUAAAUAACGUAACCUUGGCUCACCAUCUGAUGCCUUAUAGCUCAAUGGUUAGAGCGUCUGUCCGGUAAUCAGAAGGUUACGUGGUUCAAUUCCCGUUAGGGCUCAAAAUUUUUCUGAGUAUAGGCUUGAUACGCAUCCACACCAAAUCAUAUAUAUAUAUAUAUAUAUAUAUAUAUAUAUAUAUAUAUAUAUAUAUAUAUAUAUAUAUAUAUAUAUAUAUAUAUAUAUAACAAUUCAAGUUUUCUUGAUAUAAUAUAGAGUGCUCAAUACUUUAUUGUAGAGCUAAAUUUAUUUAAUUAUUUAUGAAAUAAAGUACAAAACAAACGUUGUUACUCAGAGUUUCAUGCCUGAGUUUACAGACAAUCUUCGGACAACUAAAGUUCUGUUAACUAAAUUUGACGGUUUGGUUUUGUUUUAAAUUAUCCAUUAACAAAACCAAACCGUCAAAUUUAGUUAACAGAACUUUAGUUGUCCGAAGAUUGUCUGUAAACUGAGGCAUGAAACUCUGAGUAACAACGUUUGUUUUGUACUUUAUUUCAUAAAUAAUUAAAUAUAUAUAUAUAUAUAUAUAUAUAUAUAUAUAUAUAUAUAUAUAUAUAUAUAUAUAUAUAUAUAUAUAUAUAUAUAUAUAUAUAUAUAUAUAUAUAUAUAUAUAUAUAGAUCAUAACCAGUUUGCCAACCAAUCAUACAGUAAAUUUAGUCUGUCUUUGAGAACAAUUAUUUGGUCAAUAAAAUGUGGUUUUAGGCCAAAAGAGCAUAUGAAAAAUCAAGCAAGGAUGCAAAUGAAGCCUUCCAAAACUUCCAGAAAGCUGACAAGGAUAUGAACAUGACUAAAUUACAAAUUGAAAAGGUA